GCUUCGGAUUCUUCUCUGUGAUCGGGUCUUUGCAAAUCGAAGGUGGUCUGCGUGGAAGUUUUCUGGAUCAUGGACUUCUCUCUAAUCGCCGAUACUGUUUCCGUCGUCGCUGCGCGUCAAUGCGUAGGGUUCGGAAAGUUUAUGUUCGAACGGGGAGAUUUGGCUUCUGGUAAUCAUGCUUCGUUUGCGGAUUCUGAUGGAGAUCAAAUCCUGAGGAGGAGGAGUACGGAUAUCGACGGCUAUUUUCUCGGUCUACGGGAUUUCAAAUCCGCCGAUGAAAUCCAGCGCUUACAAGAUGAUUCACCGGACGCUUCGCCGGAAAAGGCGGCGCACGAGGCUAAUCUAGUUUAUCUGUGAUUCCGAGGACGGAGAAGAUCUCGUUCGUUUUCUCUUGGACGGUGAUAACGGCGGUUUUGACUGUCCAUAUGGCUUGGCCGGCGGCGACGGGAACGACGAUGGUCGAGAGUGGAACAUCGGCUGAUUCGGAGGGAGAAACUGGGACGAAUUAUCUUCGUGGCCAUCGUGGUCGGAUCCGGCUAUGGAAUUCGUGUACGAGGUGUUAUGUUGGAUUGCACUGUCGACAUGCGUGCAUUUCGCCUUCAAGAGGAUCGUUAGGAUCAUAACGGAUAGUGAGAGAGAGAGAUUGCCCAGGAGAUUAACUCUGGUUUGCUGAUAAUUCGUGUUGGAUUGAUUAGCUUCUAUCGAAUAUCGAUUCAGGGUUAUUUCCAUGGGUAUUCAAUGCCACGGCGAAAGGGUUAUUUCCAGAUAAGACGAAAGGGUUCAAAUUCCCAGCAAUGGAUCAUCAAGCACCUAAGAUGAAAGAAACCCAAAGGAAUAGACUCGAUCAACAUGAAAAGAUGGAUUCAAUGAAGCAAAUACGGGGAAUGGGAGAGAGGAAGAAACCACAAACAGACCAAAGCCGAAGGGGGUCAACAUUUGAAAAGAUGGAUUCAUCAUUUACGUGAUCAGCAACACUGCCGAAAAGGGUCUGAUCCGAUUCUGUGGUCAGCCACUGAUUCACCUGUAGGGCUUCGGCGGAAUGACACCAACUCGGAGACCUACCGUCUCUAUAUCAAUAACCACAGUGAGUUCUCGAAUGGAAAGUUGAAUGCUUUAUGCAGUUUCCCUUGUAUGGAAAUUGGAGAUCUCUCCGGAAUCAGGAAACUAAUGACACCCUUAGCUGUACGAUGUCCCCCUUGAUGCAUUUCGGAUUUGCCGUUACGUUUCUUUGUAUAAAGCUCACCUGUAUCCCCACCUGAUUUCCCACUUUCCCUUCUGCUUCAGAAACCAACAUCUCGUCUGAGCGAAAAUAAGGAUUCUUUUACAUCCUUCUCCUUCAGCACAUUGACCAAGUGGGUUUCCACAAUCUUCCUUAGAGGAAAAAAACUCCACCUCUUUCUCUUCAUCCUCUUGACAAUUCCGGUCGCAGUUACAGCAUAAUUACUUAUUGUAUAGACAGGUUUUGAUUGAGUACAGGAAAAAGUUUUUGAUUUUUCGCUUCGCGUAAGGGAUGGCGGUUCUGGGUACUAGGAAGGUGGCAAAAAUGUACAAUUAGAUUCUGGAACACAGGAGAAUAUCGACGAUGAAGGUGCCCAAGUCUGAACGUGCAACGGAGAUGCCGGCCCUCCAGGUUUACUCCCGCGAUUCAAAGCGGAAAAAGCUCGCUACUAAACUCGUUCAGGUCUCUCUCUCUCUCUCUAAAGUCGUUGUCCAGGUUUCCUCUUUUAAGUUGUCACCUUUGUGGUUGUUGCAAAUGUUACAAAGGAAAAUUAAGCUGUCAUCUGAGAGAUGGUUUUGGUUUUGCUCAUAUUCUGUCUUGUUUGUCAUGGGAUUGUAUUGUGCUUUAAAUUUUGUAUUCUGUGUAGACCAGAAAAUCACAGUUGUUGAUGAACUUAUGGUAGUUAUGUUUGUAAAUCUUUGGACAACUAGCAAAACGCUGGAGGCGAUCCUCUUGGAUGUCAUCCAUGUAAUGUUGUUGACAAGCAUGCCUUCUACCUCAUGUAUGCCAGACAAACGCAUACUCGAGCUUAUACUUGAUAUACUUCAAAGGAGAGACACCCACGAGAUAUUCGCGCAACCUGUUGAUGCAAAUGAGGUUGAAGGUUAUUAUGAGAUAAUCAAAGAACCCAUGGAUUUUGGGACCAUGAGAGCUAAACUUCAUGAAGGAAUGUAUUCGGGCCUUGAAGAGUUUGAGCAUGAUGUGUUUUUGAUGUCAAGAAAUGCUAUGCAAUUCAACUCUUCAUCUACGAUUUACUUCAGGCAGGCUCGUGCAAUACAUGAACUAGCCAAAAGAGUCUUCCAUACUCUUAAGACGGAUCCUGAGGUUUUUGGAUCAAAAUUCUCACAGACAAGGAGAAGAAGAAAGUCCAGAAGAGUUAAAAGUGGAGAUAGAGUUUCAUCAAAUAACUGUCAAAAACCCAUGAUGCCACACUCAACGAGUAAAGAUGACAAUCUUUCUGGCAGUUACACCUAUGAAGCGUUUGCCGGUGACAUACACAGAGAAAGUGAAAGUAGUAAUACUCGGCGUUCCACAUAUAUCCGUUUGCCAUCCUUCUUAAACGAAGAAGGCAACACAGCUGUUUCAAAACGGCUCAUGCCCGUCGUAGAUUUAGCAGAGAUGGGAUAUAAGGAAAGUCUGAUGAUGUUCUCUAAAAGCUUAGGGCCAACUGCCCAAAGAAUUGCAGCACAUAAGCUGCAGUUUGCAUCAUCCUCUACCCUAACAGCAGAUGCCGCACCAUUCGAGCCAGCUUCUUAUGGUUUAUCGCAUCCGUUUCGUAUGAACGGAGUCAGUCACUCGGGUUCUGCUUCUUCCUAUUUGAUCUCCUCCGAGACUUUCAGACAAUGUCAACCAGACCAAAACUGAUGGAGAUGAAGCUGACUAGGCCAAGUCAUUCAUUCUCUAAAACCUCGUUAUGAGGCUUGGAAGUUCCUUUUUUUUUAAUACAAAAAAAAAAGUUCAUUUUUUUUUUGGGUCUGAAGUUCACCUUACAUCUGCCAUGUCUAUGGACACACAAAAAGAAAGAUCUUGGUUAAGGAACCAUAUAUUAGCAAAUAAAAAAAGAUUUUUGAAUA